AUGGAAAAAGCAAGCCUAAAGCACUUGGAGUUUCAGCUCCAGCGAGAGAAGGCGCUGACGAAAGAUCUGGACGCGAAAUGCAAAUCACUGUCGGCACAGGUUGCUCAGCUGGAGCAAGAUAAAGCCGAGCUUCGGCGCGAAAAGCUGUUUCUCGGCGAGGAGGCAAAAAAGACCUCGAAGCUAGAUGACCGCAUUCACAUCCUCCAGAAAGAAGUGGAGAACCGCGACGCAGUCAUCGCAUCAGAGCGGGCGGCGACGCAGGCCGCGAGGGUGGAGGUGGAAGAAAUUCGGCGCAACGCGAAUGCUUCUAUCGCCCUAUGGACCGCGGCGGAAGAACAGUGGACAGCGGAGCAGACAGCAUUAAACGAGACUGCUGCUCAGUAUCGUUUGGAGAUAGAAGAUUUAAAGAAGGAAGCUCAAGUUCAAGGGGACGCACGCGCCGAACUGACGAAGCAGCUGCAUACCGAAAAGGAGCGGUCGAACAGGCUGACGCAAGCGCGAGAGGCCAUGGAGGUGGAGGUCAAGAGUCUGCACUCUCAGGUGGAGAAAUUGCAGAACAAGGUUUGCGACCUCGAACAAACGGUGUACAAGCUAGACCUUGCCGGGGACAAGCAGCGUGAGGCAAUUAACCUGAAAGAUACAGAGGUCAAAACUCUCGAGGCCACUGUUGCUCGGCAUAUAGAAACAGAAGAGCGGCUAGAGCAAACGAUCAGCUCACUUAACGAUCGCAUCAACGCGGCAAAGAUGCUGAACCUGGAGGGAAAAUGUGAGAACGAAAGGCUGCAGUGCGACCUUGUAGACGCCAAAAAGGAGGGUGAGCGCCUACAUCUCCAAAUAGAGUUGCUGAAGCGUGACUCUAACUUUCUCUCACAGAGCCAUGCUAGCGUGCAAAAGGCGCUGGAGGAUUUGAAGGAGAAGCAUCGGCAGCUCCAGGAGGACAUGAGAGACAAAAAUGUCGAAAUACGCCGGCAUGAGCUCACGAUCAGUCAGCUGAAUAUGGAGCUCAAAAAGAGUGAAAAUCAGGGCGGUGAAUGGUCAUUUCAGUACUCGACAUUGGAGACUGAGCUCCAGCAGACGAAGGAGGCACUGAGGAAAUCAUCGGCGUCUGUCGAGACACUCCUGCGCGAAAACAAUGAGCUUGUGGAGCGGUUGAAGGAGCAGAAGCAGUUCAUGGAGACAAAGGAGGAGGAGAUGGUUGUGUUGCAGAGCCGAUGCGACGAGCGAGCGGAGGCCUUUUCCCGAGAUAUCAGAGACCUGGAGAAGGAGAUCACCGCCCGCCAGGCAGUGAUUAAUGAGUUGUCCGACCAACUCAAUUCCGCAAGCGAGAAAAACGCGGCGUAUCACUCCAAAAUUCUCGAGGAAUCCGAAGCAAGCGGGAAAACGCGGCAACAUCUAGCUGAGAUGCUGCAGCGGCUGGAGUCAAACGAGCACCACAUUGUUUUGCUGGAGUGCGUUGCCGAGAAGGAAAAAAUCUGUUCCUCCUUUUUAGGGGAUCGGAACGAGGCCGCGAUGUUGCUCUGUGCGAGCCUCUUGGGGCACUGCCAGAUGCUGCAAGAGAAGACAUGUGUGCUACUCGAGCAUCAAGAAGAGCUUUCUCACGAGAGCUGCUUGAAGACGACGCAGCUUAAGGAGCUACAGUGUCAGAGUGAAGAGCAGAGGGAGCAAAUUGCCGUUUUUCAGAGGGAACGAAACGAACAAGCUGAACGUCUUUCGGCAGUUUCGCGGGAAAUGCUCGCUUCUGAAAAUGAAGCUAACGAACUUCGAGGCGCCUUAGAGGCCUCGCGGAACGAGAAUGUUUCCCUCACAUCAGCUGUGGCUGGUCUCCAUGAGCAGGUUGUUGCAAAAGAUGCUGAGCUGGUGCGAAAGAACGCCGCGCUGGACAAUUCCCAGUCCCGUGUCUGCGCUUUAUCGGAUGCCGCAUCUGCCUUGGAGAGGGCUAUGCUUUGUUAUGCUAUGGCGCAGAUGGAGGAGGUGCAGGAGCUUUGGAAGAACCGUGUAGAAGUGGUAGAGCUGCAUUUCACUUCUCUGCUCUCGCACUUGGCCGCCGAAAAGGCGUUGCUGCAGUCCUCGAAGGAGCAGGCGGAAGCCUCGUGCCGGGAAUUGUCUGCGUUCGCGAAAGAAGCAAAAAAUUCGAUGAACAAAAGUGACCUCGCUGCCGCAGAGCGACAGGAAGCGCUGACGAGUCGCGCGGCUCUCCUGGAAGGGCAAAUUGCUGUGGCACGCCGAGAAAAAGAUCAGGCAGCCAUGCAGCUGGCGACCUUGCUGCGACGAUUUGAGGAGGACCGGAACUCCUUUGAGUCGCUCAAGAGAGAAACAAAGUGCACAAUGCAGGAAGAGCGAGAGCGGCGUGAGGCAGCGGAGAAGGAGUGUGUGAAGCUGCGUGGCUGUAUUGAUGCCGAGGUGAAGCGGAAGUGCGAGUACAAAAAGGCUCUAGAGAAUCUGAAAAAGCUACGCAGCGAGAGUGAGGACCUGCGUCGUGCUGAGAAAGCGCGUGCUGCAGAGGCGAUAGGGAAAGCUAACACCGAAUGCAACUAUUGGGUGAUGUGCUUCGACCAUCUCAAGGAUAUGAUUGAGAAGAGUCAUCGCACAGGGGAUCGUUUGCCGUCUAUUGACACAGAUACGGUUCACCGCUUGGAGGUUGCGAAAACCAAGAUCAGUCCUAUGCAGGCGCGCGAGGUGAACAAAGCGCUUUCGAGCCUUCCAAAAUUGAAACGUGUACGAGAAGAGGCCUCUGACGCCCCUACGUAG